AAACCGGCACAGUCCAGUACACAUCGCCGAAAGUGAGACGUCUUCUCUCUGCUCCUAUCUGUGCUGCGGGGGCACGCUGUUCUUGUGACGUCACCACGUGACCCGCCCAACGAGCCUCUUCCUCGUGAGUGUCCACUGUGUACUUUUUCAGCGGUAUUCUCCCUUACACAAUAUAUAUAUAUAUAUAUAUAUUCAUUUUUACACGUUUUUAAACUUCUUCUACACAGCAGCCUUCGUCUGCAGGAGAAGUGGUGUUGAGGAGUUGACCAAACAGCCAUGAUGAACAUACCAGAAUACUAUGAAGGGAAAAAUGUGCUGAUCACUGGAGCAACUGGCUUCAUGGGAAAGGUCUUGCUGGAGAAACUGCUAAGGUCAUGCCCAGGAGUUAAUGCGGUCUAUGUGAUGGUCAGGUCCAAAGCAGGACAGAAUCCUCAGGCCCGUGUUACUGACAUGAUCAGUAGCAAGUUGUUUGGUAGGUUACAAGAAGAACAGCCUUACUUUGCAGAGAAGAUCAUUGCAGUCAGCUGUGACCUUACAAAGCCUGAACUGGAUCUGAGGAAGGAUAAGCAGAUCUUACUGGCUGAAAGCAUUCACAUUGUCUUCCACUGUGCCGCCACCAUUCGCUUCAAUGAGCCGCUCAAAGAUGCAAUGCAGUUGAAUGUGUUGGCCACUCAGAAGAUGCUAGCUCUGGCCCACAAGAUGAAGCAUCUGGAAGUCUUCAUCCAUGUGUCUACAGCUUAUGCCAACUGUGACCGAGAGCUGAUUGAGGAAGUCAUCUAUGCUCCGACUGUAGACUAUGUCAAACUCAUUGACACGCUGAAUUGGAUGGAUGAUGAGCUUGUGUCCACACUGACUCCCAAACUGAUAGGGCAACGUCCCAACACGUACACCUUCACAAAAGCAUUAGCAGAGUAUCUGGUGCAACAGGAAGCUGGGGACCUCAAUGUUGCCAUUGUCAGACCCUCCAUUGUUGGGGCCAGCUGGAAAGAACCUUUCCCAGGUUGGAUUGAUAAUUUCAAUGGACCCAGUGGAAUAUUCAUCGCAGCUGGCAAAGGGAUCCUCCGCACAAUGAGAGCAUCUAAUGAUGCUGUAGCUGAUCUGGUGCCUGUAGAUGUGGUCAUCAAUGCCACGCUAGCUGCUGCCUGGUACUCUGGAUCACAGAGAAGUAACAGGCCCAAAUCCAUCCUUGUUUACAACUGCACAACCGGUGGCAUCAACCCCUUUCACUGGGGACAAGUUGAAUACCAUGUAAUAUCUACUUUCAAGAGGAACCCUCUCGAACAGGCAUUCCGUCGGCCCAAUGUUAAUCUCACGACCAAUCACCUAAUCAAUCAGUACUGGAUUGCUGUGAGCCACAAAGCUCCGGCUUUUCUGUAUGACGUGUACCUCAGGCUCAUUGGACAAGAACCCAGGAUGAUGAAGACGAUCACUCGACUCCACAAAGCCAUGAUGGUGCUGGAAUAUUUCACCAGUCACUCCUGGGUGUGGAACACCGACAAUGUCACCAUGUUAUUGGGAAAAAUGAGCUCUGACGAUAAGAAGGUGUUUAAUUUUGAUGUGCGUCAGCUACACUGGGCAGAGUACAUGGAAAGUUACUGCAUGGGCACCAAAAAGUACGUACUCAAUGAAGAGCUGUCAGGUCUGCCUGCUGCACGCAAGCACCUCAACAGGCUCAGGAACAUCCGUUAUACUUUCAACACCACCCUGCUAGUGCUCAUUUGGCGCGUUUUCAUCGCCCGCUCUCAGAUGGCUCGAAACAUUUGGUACUUUGUGGUGAGCCUGUGCUUCAAGUUUCUCUCCUACUUCAGAGCCUCUUCCACCAUGAGAUAAUAAGCACUGGUUCAAAUGAGAAACAUCCAAACUACUCAAUGAACGCCAGCAACUGGCAUCCACAGCCUUAAUGUUCUAAUCUAUCACUUUUAUAUUCAUAUUUCUGUCAUGUCAUACAAUUAGAUUAUUGAGAAGACUGGAAAUCAAACUGCCAAACCUCCUAUGUUUCUAGUUUGAUACUUUUUGUACAUUAAAAAUGCUGAAAGCAGUCCAAUAUUUAUAACAAUCAAAAAUUAGUAUUAUAUCUCAUUAGUAAAACAAUCUUUAAUUUUUGGCCUGAAAAUGGCCCCCAGGCUGCACUUUGGACACCCCUGCCUUACAUAAACCAGAACAUUCCCUAAGAUAUUUAUUGGUACUAUUAAGUUACAUCAGCAUCACUUGCUAAUCAAUCUUUAUGUUGCUUCAUUUGGGACACUUUGAAAUUGCCAUAUCUUAUAAGCUCAUAAGUAGUGUGUGUCAUUGUGACAUGAGAUACAUAUUAUAUAUGUGUGUGUGAGUGUGUGUGUGUGUGAGUUUGGUUUGCUUUUCUCAAUGUAUGUGCCAAGAAAGGUAAAAAUGAAUCAUGCCUGUGAUGCAUUUGCCGCCAUGUUUCUGAUAUUAUCCAUGUAGUUCAUCAUGAAAUCUUGCAAGUUGAUGCUUUAUCCUGUUUGCUUAACAACACUAACAUGUUUGUGUUACCUCGUUAAUGUCUGCCUUGUCCUCUGACACGGCUGAAAGCACAAAUACAACGGAGGCCGUUUAAGUCGACAAGUGGACCAACUCAUCAAGUCCUGGUCCACCAUGUUCUACUUAGUACUAAAACAGCGACCCACGACAUACGUGAUCAUGGCUUAUGUAGACAUAAAACAUGAAAGGGUCAAUUCUUUUUUUAAAUGGCUCAGUUUAUGUCGUCGACAUUGUGAACUUCAUCAGAUUUGUGGUCAUGUGAAGACCAAUAAAAACAAAGGAAGAAAGAUAGGAGAGGCGACACAAACUGUCACUUACCUUCAAAACUUUGAAUUUGGACUAAAUAUAUACUGUGUAUAUAUAUAUAUAUAUAUAUAUAUAUAUAUAUAUAUAUAUAUAUAUAUAUAUAUAUA